AUGAGUGGCGAACGAUAUUUAGGGUACAAUGCCGUUAUCGCCUACUUUCGCGACGUAGAUAACACCACUGGCACCUAUUCUGAUUUCCUUGUUAAGUUGCGGGAUGUCAUCUUGCAAGCUCCGCCGUAUACUGAAGAUUGGUACGGACUCGACGGUAUAUGGUAUGAACGAUACUUGAAAGAAGCAAAAAGUGCUGACAAACAGCAACAUCCGCAUAUUCCGAUGAAAUCAUUUUUUGAAGAUAUUAUAUUUGAACGCAAGAAGCGAACGACUCAGCGUCAUUACGUAAUGUCUAGCGUAAAUGUUUUGGAUGAGGCUCGGAGGCAUGGUGUUGAAGCAAUUAUUUCAGACAUGUCAGAAGCCUUUGUAACAAAUGCUACAAAAAGAUCUCAAGAAGAUAUAACAGUUGUGGAGUCAUCAAAGAAGUGCCGAACGGAUCCCAGUUUCAGUGUCUCGUUUGAUGAAUACAUUGAUGAUGCUAAUGCUACUCAUUGGAUUGUUGAUGGAAUUAAUGUACAUGAAGUACUAAAAUCAUACCAAGAAGAGCUUCAAGAACAAAAUAUUUUGAUGACAGCAGAUGCAAGGAUUGCUCUAUCUGGUAUAGUUGAUUUGAGUGAAAAUUCGGGGAUACGUAAGAAAUUCUCAGAUCAUGUGUGGAAAUCACUUAUUCUUGGUGUCGAUAAGUUGCAACCGGUCUCAAUAACAACUCUUGGAGAAAAACUUGUUUGUGAAUAUAGUUUGUGUGAAGGAGUCCCCCUUGAUCAUGGAGAGUAUUUGCUUCAAAAUUGGAACUUGGCAGCUGAAAAUGAGACAACUAUGAAAAUCCAAUGGUUGUAUGGACAUCUGUACUUCAAAAACGAUCCACCAAGCAUAUGUGGUUCAGAAAUGGAUUAUAUUGUGAACAUGGUAGCACCCAUUGUUAACACUCUCCUUGGCAGUUAUGGCAAAUGGAUUGAAUGGGACCAGUCCGAUCAUUCAAACAGACGUCGUCCUGAUAUCAAGAUAAUUAUUAAGGACAAGAGCAAUACAGUGUGUGCUGUUGGAGAAGUGGCAUGA